AUUAUCCAAAGACAACAGCGAACGGUAGAUGGCAGAAUGCUUUGGAUUUUACCGCGAAAAACAUCCGCGUGGAAGCGAAGAAAUACAGAGCGCCCAAUCACAGUAAACACAGCUGUCCCACGUGACACUUUAUAAACACAACCGAAAACAAGCAAGAUGUCAGCGAACAGUUGUGUGACAGCUAUCCGGCUAGAUUCCCUCAAGCAAGCUGACAAACCACAGAUCCACUUGUUACCUUGUGAAAUAGAGCAUGACGGGCUUGCCGAAGUUUUCAAGUUCUUUAAUCCCACUGUGAAGGAACGCAAACACGAAACGACAGUGUCAUUCAGAGGCAGGGGGCUGAAGGGUCAGGAAUUGCAUUGCCCACAAGGAUACACAGGAAUAGUGCUAAAAGAGGUCCAGAAGCCUGCAUCUGAUCAAGAGGACAGAGUUGUGAAAGUUUCUUCAUUAUUCCAUCAUUUCACAUACUGGAAUUUGGAGACUCCUCCCACAACUGAUGAUGGGGUUGUGAUGGCGAUGGCUUGGCCUCAGCUAGCAGAGGCAAUGCAUGGACCAGUGGAUGACUGCUAAUGUUUUAUUGUGGAGAUCUGCUUCUCAAGUACAUUGUUGCAGUUAAAUAAAUGUGAAUUUAAAGGUGAAUCUUUUUUGGAAGACAGAAUAUGUAACAUACUGUGUCGUGGUAUUAACCACCAUUUUACCAAACAUUUGUUGAAGAAUAUCACAGUGCAACAUCACUAACUAUUAAAAGUCUUGUUUUAUUGUU